CAUACACAAAGCGUACAUACACCCUUGGGAUUAUUUCUGUCACCAUUUCUAAACUUGCCAACUUAGAAUGGCUAAUAGUAGAAACUAUUUAAUAGUGUAUUGAAAAUUAUGUAUUGUAUUGACCAUUUUCAAGAUGCCGUUAUUCCCAAGGAGACAGCAAGUGUGAAUAGUUAACAACUUCUGUGCGAUCUUGAUAUUUCAAUAGCAAUCUGUUCGAUUUAUAUUUUCGUGAGAUCUUGAUAUCAUCGACUUAAUCGGAAAUGACUAAGGAAUUGUACAGCGAGGAAGUUAUAAAUAAUAGUUUCCGUCUUGUACAGAUAACACGUAAAUGUUUAUUGCGUUUACAAUGCAGGGAUAACCAUUCUGGCAUGUUAUUAGAAAUGUCAAGACAGACCACACCUGAGCUAACUGGUCACAUAUGGAACUGAAUAACAUUAGUUCUAUACCCUUGAUGGUUGAUAUAAUAACGAAGUGUGAAGCUUGACUAAUUUCUGUUGAAGCUGAAUAUACAUCUGAAAUAGCAAUUAGCAAUAUGUUUCCCAAUUUUAUACUCGAAUGCACCGAUAAAUAACUGUAAUGUGGUAAGCUUUAAAAACACCCUGAAGUUAUUUGCAUGUGUAAGUUCACAGCUGGGAGUUUGAUGUUUACAGAUAAAUCAUAUGGACGAUAUUUAAAAAGAAUAAUGUUUUUCCAUGUCGCAACUGUUGGGCGCGUUUCUGUGCUUGACUGGAUAUAGAUCCUGUUUCAGAACGCGGAUGUGUUGUGAUAAUUUUGUGAUAGUGUAACCAAAUUGUGAUCAAUAUGGAUGGAAUGGACGGUAGAAAAUUAUUAUUAUUAAUUAUUGUUCUGGUGAUUUAUCUAAGUUUGGGGUCGGUGAUGUUUAGAAUGUUAGAGGGUGAAGCUGAAACAGAAAGACAAAGAUCCCUAGACUCCUUCCUUAAAACAUUUUUGUCAAAUCAUUCAUGUGUAUCAGUCGAGGCACUUCGUGGUGUAUUGUCUAAAGCUACUGAAGACAGUGUUCUUGUAGAAUUUGCUCUUCAAAACACCACUCAUAAUCAAAUUGAUAGAUGGCAGUUCAGUGGUGCUUUUGCUUUUGCCGUCUCUGUUGUAACCACAAUAGGUUAUGGAAAUAUGGCUCCAUAUACAUUAGCCGGGAAAGCUGCAACAGUGGCCUAUGCACUAAUUGGCAUACCAGUUACUUUAAUUCUGCUUAAUGCUCUGGGAGAAAAACUUGCUGCACUUUUUGCCAAAAUAAAUAAACUGAAAUUGUGUUCAAAAUCGAAACCGGGUAUAAAUAAAACAGUGAACAUGGUGUUAAUUGUGUUAUUUGGUGUGUGUUUAAUGUUCGUAGCACCAGGGUUUAUAUUUACGCUUGUAGAAGAAUGGAAUUUUCUGGAGACUCUCUACUUUUGUUUUAUUACACUGAGUACCAUAGGAUUCGGUGAUUACAUCAUUGCCACACACAGGAACAGCGCUGGUAAAGACGCCUACACUAUUAUAGGUUAUGUAUGGGUUCUGUUCGGACUCGCCUAUCUUUCAUUGGUCAUCAAAUACAUCACUGAUGUUCUUAUGAAAAAGGCCAACAAGGUUGUCAAUCAGAGGCAUUUCAAACGGGUGGAGGGUGAACUGACACAGCUGCAGAGUCUGGUGGAAAAUGGUAUAAAAGAUAAAUUAAUCAAAAGUGGCUUAACACAAAAAAGAGGUUCACAUGACAAAGUUGUAACAAUCAGUGCUUCUAAACUCCCUGAUAUUGCUGUCGGUAAUACUGCUUAUGGUGUGGAGUGUACACACUUAUAACUAAUCAUAUACUUAAAAUCCCAAAACUUACCAGUAAACAUGGCUGUGAUAUGAAUUUGUGUUAUUUGAUCACUACAGACUCUGUGUGUGGAUCCGUUUCAACUCAUUUACAAAACAGCCUCCUUUGAUUGGAUUAUAGUUUGAUGUCCAGUGUUUGUUGACCAGUACUCGAGUAUAAUAGGGACCUUUCGCAUCGGUACGAAAACGAACACCAAAACGAACAUAUGUUCCUUUACGUUUUCGUGUUCGUAUCGUCUAACACGCGGUUUCGCAAUCCGACGUACGAUAUUCGUACCGAUGCGAAAGGUCCCUAAUAGUUCGUAGUAUUCAGAACCUAUUGAGGUAAAUCAGCAGGAGAGGGAAUCUUUUCAGCUAGUGUGCGCUGUGUAAACGUAGUUCUCUUUCAAAGGAGUACAAAGGUUGUGUGUAUUUUUAAUACCGUUUGGUUUAUGUAAUGCGACUUUAAUAUAAUGUACUUAAUAUAACCGGCGUUGUCAAUAGUUUCUUAAACUUCGCCAAAAAUGAACCAAACUGUUUUACUUAAAUUACUGGUAUACUGGACAAGACAAAAUCUAUUCAAUUGUGUGAAUAUGUUGUGAUAUCGCGAUGUAAAACAUAAUUUGCCAAAGGAUUAACACGAUUCUCAUCACGGGGCUAUAAAACAAUGUUUUAUGUUUUAGAGGUCGAGAUUAACUUUAAGAUACAAAUAACUACUCAACAUGAUUGUGUGAAACAGCUGAUUAAUUAGAAACCGGCAGGAAAAGUAAUUGCUAUGUUCUUCUCUUACUACGCUAUUAAAGACAAAUUAUUUCAUUGUUUCUUCUAAAGAGAGAUAGAAGAAACCUCCCGUUUUAACGGUUGUUGUAUAUUGGAUAGACGUAUCUAUCAAAAAAUGUUAUUUUCUUACAGUAUGAUCAUUUGUGGGAUAUAUCAUACCAUAAAUUCUACUGAACAGCACACAUAUCGGGUUAGACCAGUGAUUCUCAACCAGUGUGCCGCCAUAUUCCUGAAGCAAUGGCCCGAGAAAUCCCUCUCUGGGAUUAGCUCUAAUCAAACGAAACACUGCGAGAAGUAUGGUUUGCCUCGAGAUCUUCCUAAGUGUGCCGCAAAAUUUUGAACGCCGCACUAAGAAAAUGUGCAAAAAUUGAUCCCAAUUGAGUAUUCACUGGUGUCUACUGAUAAGUUCAUAUAGCUGUGUUUUUCUAUAUUUAAUUUAGGUCAUUCUAUGGCUAUGACUAGUCACUGUCUACGGUUGUAUUCCGUCUGACUUACCAUGUUUUUAUUUUGCAAAAUUUAGAUAUUUUUCAUAUAUAUUUAGCCAGGUGUGCCGCUAUUUUUUCAUGUGUUCCAAGGUGUGCCGCAUGGCAAAAAAGGGUUGAGAAACACUGGGUUAAACGAUUGAUCGGGGGAAGAGAAAAUAAUUAUGAAGCAAAUUUUAUAUAAAGUUCCAUCGACCCCCUUUGUUUAGGGAAAAAUCCCCAAUUUUCUAUUAAGAUUAUAUCGAAAUUUUUACCAGUGUCGUAUGUAGAGUUUGGAUCAACUGUUAAACAGACGGGGAUAUGUUAUAUGAUUGUGUCAUAUGUCUUGUAUCCUUCUGCGGCUGCGGCCUCGUUAGUGAACCGAAAGUGCACAAACACAAACAGGUCACACCCUUCCCGCCGCUGUCUUAGGGACGCUACGUCAUUUUGACACCACUAUUGGACUUUCCAGGAGUCGAGAUAGAAUAUGAUUGACACUUUAAGCAAUAGUCAAAUAUGUGUUGACGGCUUCAAUAUAUUGUUUAGAGUGUAUUAAUAUCAUAUGCCAAAAGGAAAAUAUAUAUGCCAUUACAUUGAGUGCUAGCAAAAACUGAAAUCAAUUUGAGAAAAAAUUGAGUUAAGCCGUUUGUCAUAAGGGUUGAUGCCAUGCCAUUUUGAAUUGCAUAUUUUACCUUGAGUGCUAGCAAAUACUGGAUGCAAUUUGUCUUAAGGGUUAAAUAGAUACUAUAUUUUCAUUUUUAGGGUAUUAAACCUGUCCGAAUUGUAAAUAGUUUUGUUAUAUAUAUUUUUUAUGUAUGUAUUUAUAAAACGGUUUUAAGAAGAUGCAUUUUAAUGUUGUGCAUUUAUUCAUUUUAAUAUGAACUUCGCGGUUUGAAUGACGACUAGUUUUAGUUUCGUUUUAUGAUUUGAAAAAGACUACAACAACUUAGCGUUCGAAGAUCUCCUUAUAACCUUUGACAAUGCAUCCAAAUUUACUGUUAUUUAAUGCGGUCAAAGAACUACAGACUGGAAUGACCCAGACUAAUAUUAAUGGUCUAUUUUUUUUUACAUACCAUAGCCGCCACGCAAGUUUCAUACAAACAUAAAGAUGAUCGGGAUGUGGGUUUUUGUCUACAUUAUUCAUAUACUGAUUAGUAUAGUAUUCCUCGGGAUAAAUUAAGUGUCUAAAACAGAACCAUGGUUAUUGUGAUAUUAAUUUCCUUGGGGGCUACAAUUAAUUUAGAUGAAAAUUUUAAUCCAAUGGCGUCUCAUUUAGAUUUCUCUUUAUAAUAUCAAAUUCGUUACCAAUUUUUAUAUAUAAUGUUUUUUUAUAGUAAAUAAAUUUUAAAAGAUUG